AUGGGCAGCAUCGCCGGAAAAACCUUGCGACUAUACACGGUUCUUCCAGUUCUCAAUCGGGAGGCCCUAGAGGAUUUUGUUGUACCUGGAUAUCCGAAUUAUGUGAUCAAGAAGGGCAUGGCUGUUGUUAUACCUGCCGGUCCUAUGCAUCGCGAUGAAAAGCUAUAUCCGGAACCGAAUCGCUUCAACCCAGAUAAUUUCGAGCCAGAAAAAGUGAAGAACCGUGAAUCUGUGGAGUGGCUUCCCUUUGGAGAUGGACCACGAAAUUGCAUUGGAAAGCGAUUCGGAGAAAUGCAGGCUCGCAUUGGUCUCGCAAUGCUUAUUCAGCAGUUUAAGUUUUCAGUGUGCGAUAAGACAACGAUACCGAUUAAAUAUGACAAAAAAACCUUCAUAGUAGCCAGCGAGGGCGGCAUUUACCUGAAGGUCGAGCGAGUCUAAAAAGUGUGGUCACAAAUUUAUUUAUAA